AUUCAAAGACAGCUCAUUACUGGACACAGAGCACCCUAAGGAGAAGCGGAAGGUUUCUCAAACUGGAAAGCAAGUUCUCCAAAGAAAAAUGGGCACCAAGGGAAAAGUUAUUAAAUGCAAAGCAGCCAUCGCCUGGGAAGCAGGAAAGCCCCUCUGCAUUGAGGAGGUUGAGGUAGCUCCUCCCAAGGCUCAUGAAGUUAGAAUUCAGAUAAUUGCCGUUAGUAUAUGCCGUUCUGAUACCUAUGUGAUAAAUCCUGCAUUUAAAGAGGGUCUUCUCCCAGUGAUCCUUGGCCAUGAAGGAGCAGGAAUUGUUGAAAGUGUUGGGCCAGGAGUGACCAACUUCAAACCAGGUGACAAAGUAAUUCCACUUUAUGUACCUCGUUGUAGAAAAUGCAAGUUCUGCCAGAGUCCACUCACAAACUUUUGUACAAAAUUCAGUGAACAUAAAAACCCUUUAAUUGAACAAGAACUAAUGGACGACAAAACCAGCAGGUUUACCUGCAAAGGAAAAUCAAUUUACCAUUUCCUAGGAGUCAGUGCCUUUUCUCAGUACACUGUGGUAAAAGAUAUCAAUCUUGCCAAAAUAGAUGACGAUGCAAAUUUAAAGAGAGUUUGUCUGAUUGGAUGUGGGUUUUCUACUGGCUACGGGGCUGCAAUCAACGAUGCCAAGGUCACCCCUGGUUCUACAUGUGCAGUCUUUGGCCUAGGAGGUGUAGGUCUUUCUGCUAUAAUAGGCUGUAAAACAGCAGGAGCUUCCAGAAUCAUAGCCAUUGACAUCAACAAUGACAAGUUUGCAAAGGCCAAAGCCCUGGGAGCCACUGACUGCCUCAAUCCUAAAGAACUAAAUAAACCUGUACAGGAUGUCAUUGUUGAGAUGACCAACGGAGGUGUGGAUUUUGCUAUUGACUGUGCAGGUGGAUCAGAAGUCAUGAAAGCAACCGUGGACUGUACAACAGUAGGCUGGGGAUCGUGUACUUUUGUUGGAGUCAAUUUCAAUGACAAAGGAUUGACUAUUUCUCCAGUGGAACUAAUAUUGGGCCGUACUUUAAGAGGAUCAAGCUUUGGCGGUUGGGAUGUAGAUACUGUCCCAAAGCUGGUUUCUGACUACAAGAAUGGGAAAUUCAAUCUGGAAGAAUUGGUGAGCCAUACCCUGCCAUUUGAAAAAAUCAAUGAGGCACUGGACCUAUUGAAACAAGGAAAAAGCAUCCGAACCAUCCUGAUCUACUGAAGAUGUCAGAGGCAAUUUGGAACACUAUGUGAAUAUGAACCUGCCGACUGAUUACCUAAAAUGAUGAAUCAAGAAAAACUAUGAAUUUAAACAAAUAUUUACAGUUAGUACCUCAACAUAUAACAGUUAUAAAUAAUGUAGAAUUUGUCAUCAUAAAAUAUGGUAAUGGUUUCCAUGUUAAAUGACUAUAGCAAAUGAAAUACUUUUGAAUGGAAUCUCAUGAUGUUUAGGAAUUGUUUAAAAUUAGAUCUGGAGAGGAGAGGAGAAAUGAAGGGAUAAUAAAACCAGACUGAACAUAUUCUACAAUGUUAUAGGUAGGGUGAUGAAUAUAUGGGGUUUCAUUACACUGUUCUCCCACUUCUGUCUAUGUUGAAAACUUUCCACAAUAAAAAGGUACUUACUAGGGGUCAGUGCUGUGGCAUAGCAGAUAAAGCUACUGCCUGCAGUGCCAGCAUCCCAUAUGGGCACUGGUUCAGGUCCUGGCUACUCUGCUUCUGAUCCAGCUCUCUGUUAUGUCCGGGGAAGCAGUGGAAGAUGGCCCAAGUCUUUGGGCCCCUGCACCCAUGUGAGAGACCUGGAAGAAGCUUCUGCCUCCUGGCUUCAGAUCAGCACAGCUAUGGACAUUGCAGCCAUUUAGAGUGUGAACCAGCAGAUGGAAGACUUCUCUCUCUGUGUUUUUCUCUGCCUCUCUGUAACUCUACAUUUAAAUAAAUAAUCUUUUAAAAAGGUACUUACUGGAAAAAUAUAGCUACAUAUUAUAUGUGUUUAUAAAAUGUCAUAUAAUUACUAUGUUCCCAGAAGCGAUUCUUUUUAAAUAAGCUGCUAAAUAAAUUACAGUUAAUGUCUUUUA